GCCAUGGUGAAUGUUUAUUCGAGUGUCAACUUCGGCGCGUAAAAGAAUAAAUUCAAAAACGAGUUAAAGUGGUGAUUAGUAAUCAGUCUGUGUUGAAUCUGCUUAUUGUUAGUACGACCGGUCAGUUUAGCGUUUGAUAGUCGGGAGAGUCGGCUCAUAGGUGACCACAGCGGCGUCCGUCAUGUCCAGUUUGGAAGUGGAUUCGGUUUAUUUUUACCCGCAGGAAAAUGCGAAAGACCACAAAACGGAUAAGUUCGAACUUAUUUACGAUGAGGAAUGUCCCAUGCCGAUUUUCAGAAGGGGGCUGAAAUUUAACAUGGCCGUGCGGUUCGUCGAGCGCGGAUUUGACCCGCAAACCGACAAAAUUCGGCUUAUUUUUAACUUGGGUCCAAAUCCACAUCCGGUGAAAGGAACCAAAGCGUUUGUUACCAUCGAUACUACCGGCGGAUCUAACCUCGAGCAGAAUCAAAAAUCAUGGGCGUGCAAUAUGGUAAACAAUCAGGAUGACACAGUCCUGAUUCAGGUCUACGCACCACCUAGCGCUCCGGUUGGGUUGUGGUAUCUUCAAGUGGAAACUUCCGUUAAAGAUUCGGGCGACGAGGCGAGUAUUUUUGAGCAAGACUUACUCUGCUAUAUAUUGUUCAACCCUUGGAAUACUCAGGAUUUGGUGUAUAUGCCUGAAGAAAGGUUGCUGGACGAAUACGUCCUCAACGAUGUAGGAAAAAUCUGGGUGGGUCCCAUUGGCACUACCAAGGGCAGGGAGUGGGUGUUUGGUCAGUUUGAUGCGGCGGUGUUGCCAGCUAUUAUGUACAUGCUAGAAAAAUCCGAGCUACCAUAUGCGAGCCACGGGGAUGCCAUCAAGGUCACGAGGAUGAUUUCCAAAAUGGUCAAUAGCAACGACGACGACGGUAUCCUGGUAGGCAGAUGGGACGGUCAGUACGACGACGGUACUGCCCCGGCGGCUUGGACUGGUUCCGCCCCGAUUUUGCAGCAGUACCUGGAGAAUCAAUCUCCAGUAAACUACGGACAGUGCUGGGUUUUUUCGGGAGUUGCCACCACAAUUUGUCGCGCAUUGGGAAUACCAUCCAGGGUGGUGUCCAAUCUGGUAUCGGCUCACGACUCUAACGGAACUCUUUCGGUCGACAAAUAUUACAACGCACAGAACGAAGAGCUGAAAUUCGACCCGAAUAACGAAAAUUCCAAUUCAGAUUCGAUAUGGAACUACCAUGUUUGGAACGACGUCUACAUGGCCAGACCGGAUUUGCCUGCAGGUUAUGGAGGAUGGCAAGCCAUAGACGCGACGCCGCAAGAGACCUCAAGCGGUUUUUACCAGUGCGGACCAGCUCCGUUAGAAGCUAUCAAAAGAGGGCAGGUCGGGUUCAAUUUUGAUGUGCCUUUCAUGAUCGCCUCUGUCAAUGCCGACUUGAUGCGUUGGAAAGAAGAUCCUCAGUGCGAUAUCGGUUUCACUAGGAUUUACUGCAACAAAUAUCAUGUAGGGAAACAUAUAUUUACCAAGAAGCCAUUUAUUUUCGACCACAAUGGCGAUCGUGACAGGGAGGAAAUCACCACGCAGUACAAGCCGAAGGAAGGCACUGAAGCCGAACGUCUUUCGCUCUUGAAUGCCGUCAGAGGUACAGAAGCAGCUAAAAGAUUCUAUGAGAUGCCCAGUUCUGCUCUAGAGGACAUUACUUUCGAUCUGGUCGACUUAGACAAAAUUAAUAUAGGCGAAGAUUUUUCGGUAGUCGUCAAAGUGACGAACAAGAGCGACAAUGUGCGAAGCAUCAAGUGCACGUUGUCGGCAGUCUCCGUUUAUUACACAGGCGUGAAGGCAAACGACAUCAAAAAGUCCCAGGGAGAAUUCAAAAUGCAACCCCAUUCAGAGGAGCAGCUGAAAAUGACGGUGAAAGGGGACGAGUAUCUAGAGAAACUCGUGGAGUAUUCGAACAUCAAAAUGAGUGCCAUAGCUACCGUGGUCGAAACCCGGCAAACCUGGGCAGAUGAAGACGAUUUCCAAGUAGCUAAACCGAAUAUAAACAUUCAGGUACCCCAAGAGACGGUGCAGUUUGUGCCUACGAAAAUAACGCUCGAGCUGAAGAACCCUCUGAAGAAGGUUUUGACGGGUUGCAAGUUUCACAUUUCCGGUCCGUCUCUCAUCCGGAAUCAGAUUUUGACACACGCCGAUAUCGGUCCCGAUGAAAAGGUGACCGUCACCACUGAAGUGGUACCGAAGUUGGGUGGCGACGAACAAAAAAUCGUGGCUACGUUCUCUUCAAAAGAAUUGUCAGAUAUUACGGGCUCGUCAAAUGUUAAGGUUGUACGAGUUCAAUAAAAAAAAAUCAACGACUUACGGUUUUUAAAAAUAGUUUAUUAUAAAUAUUGGUUUAAAAUUUUUCAAAUGCACAUGCGACUCACAUAUUUUACACGAAAACUAGCGACAAAAUUGGAUUGGAAUAAAACAAUUUCAUGAACUGAUUCCUCAUUUUCAACUUAAUUUGGUUCGUUAAAGAAUGUACAGGGCAUCUUGUUUUCGAUAUUAAAACUGCAAGAAGCUAUCCUUAUUUUUAACCACGGAAAAUUUUGUGUCGAGGAAAUAAAUUUGUAUUU